UUUUCUUAUAGCCUACAUCCCUACCACUCACUUUCAACUUUACCAUUUAUCUGUUCUGGUACAAAUUCCAGCGUUUUGACAAGGAUUUGUUUUGUUCGUUUCAUGUGAUUGUUAAGAAUUUUACUUUUUAUGUCCAGUUAUGCUAUUGAGGAAGAGUUCAAAGUAUUGUAAAACGCACAUUGUUUGUGUAACUUAUCUUUAAACCACCAUUUUGACAAGAUUUUCCACAGUUAAAAUGGGUGGAGUAGUGAGCUCUGGUCAAAAUAAUGAUGAUCUUAUAGACAACUUACUGGAUGCUGACUAUAUUAAAACAUCAACCAUAGAGAGAGUUUUUCGAGCUGUAGACAGAGCAGAAUAUUUUUUGGCUGAGGCCAGAGGUAAUGCCUACAAAGAUUUGGCAUGGAAAAGUGGCAAUUUGCAUCUCUCUGCACCGUGCAUUUACAGUGAAGUACUGGAAGGACUGUGUCUCAAGCCUGGACUAUCUUUCCUGAAUCUUGGUUCCGGAACUGGUUAUCUAAGUACCAUGGUAGGACUCAUUCUAGGAAGUUACGGUACAAAUCAUGGAGUGGAAUAUCAUGCUGAUGUAGUGCAGUAUGCCAAUCAAAAAUUUGAAGACUUUAGGAAAUUUUCGGGAGCUAUUGAUGAGUUUGAUUUUGCCGAACCUAAAUUCAUACAGGGGAAUUGUUUGUGCCUUACGAGUGAUUGCAAUGCUCGAUAUGAUAGAGUGUACUGCGGUGCAGCUUGUCCUGAACAGUACGAGACUUACAUGAAAAACCUGUUGAAAGUAGGUGGAAUUCUUGUAAUGCCUCUGAACGAUACAUUGAUGCAGAUUAAAAGAACAACUGAAACAACUUGGGAAUCAAAAUCUCUUUUACCAGUCUCUUUUGCUUCCCUGAUUCAGCCCCUCGAAGGUCCUCAGGAAUGGGUCCAGAUUGAAGUUGAACCUUUGUCUCUUCAAGCUCUUUGUCGUUCUGUCAUAAGAAACAUGCUGAGGAAAAAUGUUGAAGUGGAACAUCCCCCUGUUAAGAAACCAGCGCCAGUUACUAGGUCUGUCAAGAAGAAAAGAGCUCUCAGAAGAUUAGUAGUACCUCUGUUUGAUUCUGAAGAAAGUUCUGACGAUGAGAGACACGUUAGAAUUGGUGGGGUGAGGAACAGAGAUGCGGGCCGUGCCAUCUUUAGAGAAGAGAAUGACGGACUUUUAAACUUUGUGUUAGGUACGUUUAGAGAAGGAAGAAAUCUCUUCGCUGGUACUGUUGCAAAUAAUAGAGAUAGAGAUUCCAAUACUGAGACCGAGCAAUCUAGCGAAGAUAACCGAAUGGAAACCGACACCGCAGAAUCCACCGAAGAAAGUGAGAUAAAAUCAAAAUCAGAGACACAAGUAGAAACACAAGCUGUCAUUGAACACAAUCCAAGCACCAGUCAAGAUGGUGAUGCUCAAAGAGAACGUAACAGUGGAAAGGCUUCUUCAUCGUCCACACAUCAACCACCAGAAAUAGUCAAGGAGGAAGAGGAACUCGAUGAGGCUCCUCUAGAAUCUCUUGAUGAAAUUGACAAAGUUUUCUACGGCGUCUUGAAUGUGCUCAGAAGAGAACGAGGAGAAGAAGAAGAACCAUACGCCGAUGAAGCAGAAGCAAGCAAUGACGAAACUAUCAGAGAAAUGGAGCAGUUCAGACCAGACUUAGAAAUGGACCAAGAUAGACCAAGUACCAGCGAGGCGGAGGAUAAUAGAAAAAAGAAGCGUGAAAAGAUCGACAGUGGAUUGGGUGAUGAAAUCGUUGAGAAUCAUAGUGAGACUUCAGAAGGUAAUGUCGAAAUAUAAUAUUUUCUUUGGGCAUCCUGAAAUUA